AGAUAAAAUAAAUACCUAAGAUGAAUAUCUCGAGAUCUGAGGUUGCUAAUUUGUAUACAAACUUCUUUAUUGGGCAACGAGUUGACCAUAGCGAGAAGGCAACUCUUUCAGGGAAAUAGGUAUACAAGUCGGAUGCUGAACCUAACUCAUGACAAGCCGUUGAAGUCUAAAACUCCAGAUGUCUUGAAAAGCUUCAGUCAUCGUAAAUCUCGAUACAAACAACCACAAGUAAAACCUAAUUUUCUUAGUCUGCGUGCUAAAUUAAGGUGAUACAGCAGGGUGAGUCACAUCCAGGACUGGCUUGAGUCUGAGCACCUUGCCUUGUCAAAGGAUGACCUAAAGCAGGCUACAUCAUCCUCAGUGGACAACAAAAUUUUUAAAUAAAAUCAGAGAGAUAACGAUUUAUACAAAAGGAUUAAAGAAAAUUAUCGACUUUCUCAAGCAUAUUUUCGAUAUUAUCGAGGCAGAAAUUGAUCAAGAGAGAAACCUCGAUAUAUUUUCACCUAUUUAUAACCUCUCAAAGCAAGUAAUAAGCUCGAUCACUCAGAGCGUUGAAUCUCUGAAGUUUGUCUCAGGAGAGGAUAAAAUUUUAUUCUUUAAAUCACGUAUUUCCAAGCUAUCGAAAGAGCUGGAAAAGGCUAGGGCUCAUAAAUCGCCUCAGAAUCAUAGCUCACCUAAAUUUUCUUGCUCAGCUCCGCUCAAAUCAAGACUGAACUCGCAAUCCUUCUCGAACGGACUGGAGACAUUUAGCGAGUACAAGAACUUUGAACGAGAAAGCAACAAUCUUAAGUACACAUCUGCAGAUGAAUGCCUUAUUGAAAUCGAGAGAUCUAUUGAGAGAGAAGAGAAGAUUUCUAAACUUUUGUCUGACUUUGAGACCUCUACAGAUUCUGACCUUAAGAGAAAAGAUGACAAGGAAUUUAAGCUCAAGAUCAUUAGAAAUCCAGUUCAAUAUGGCACGCUUGAGGAUGGAAUCGAGAUAAUGGCCAAGAAGACCCAAUUAGCUACUGCUAAAGCUUUAUCUAAGAUUUUGCCUAAAAAGAAGCUCAAGGAGGCUGCAGUCCAGACAACAGACAAAGGCUUGGCUGAACGAAGACUUCAGAAUGCUAAGGACCAAAUCGAGGAACUUAGAAGAGUGAUUUAUGAGUACAAAAAGCGCGAAAAGGCUACUAAUGGAGAGAUCUCCCAACUCACAAAGGAUCUGGAAUUUUCACAAAAAACUCGUAAAGAGUACAGAAAACGAAUUGACGCCCAGGACAGGGAUAAGGAAAAGGUCACUGAGCACAUCAAAGAGUUUCAAGAGGAGAUUAAUGAGCUCAAUGAAGCUAAUGACACUAAGUAUAUCAUCAUCGGGACACUAAAAUCUGAGCUUAAAAGAGCAAAGGGCAAAGUCAUUGAGACUCGUAAGACCUAUGAACAACAGAUCGCAGAUUUUGAAGAUCAACUCUCAAAGCUAUCUGAACAGAAAGAUAAAGACGCUAAGGAAAUAAAAAGGCUAAAUGGGUAUCUUGAGUACACAAAGGCUAUUUUCCAAAUAGAUUCUAUUGAGGAGCUUGAAUUACAUCUUCAGCAAAUAAUAGACUUACGAGAGGAGCUACAAGCUGCAAAAGAGGAAAUAAAACAACUUUCAGCUACCCAGAUUGACUUGGAUAAAGAGACUGUAUCAAGAGGCAACCAAGCUGAACAGGUUACUAUAACCGAGGUAGCCCCUCAUACUCUUAAAGAUGAGGAGAGCAAGCACUACGACCAAAGUUUCAAUAUCGAAGUGAGGAGAAACGAGGAGGUACCAAAAAGUAUUGUAGAGUGUGAAGAAAAGUUAUCUCUCCAUUCGAAUCGUAAGCUGAGGAGAUCUCUGAACAAAUCCCUUGGGAAAUCCGGCUUCGAUCAAUUAAGAGAAUCAGCAGUGAAAAUGAAAACUGAGAGUAUUUGGAGUGGACUUGACCCUUCAUCUGAAGAUAUAAAAAUGGUCAAGAUCGAGUCAAUUAUUGACGAAAUGUCAAUCACUAAGGAAUCAAAACCACCUGCAGGGGUUAAGUAUGAAGAUCAAUCACCGAAAGGACUUAUAAAUCCAAUCUACAUUAAAGGAAAAAUGUACCCAGGAAUCAAAGGUUUUAAGAAGAAUCAGUUGAAAUAAGAAAAUGGAGCCUGUUAGUAGGAAAGAUACUUGCAUGUUAAACCCAAUUCUGGGUACAAUGGAGAGAAAAUAUGAAUCUCCAAAGAGAUCACAGAGUACAGUAGCUACCCAAACCCUUCCUUGAAGAUUCAUGAAUUUAUUCAAUAAUUCAAAUGCUCAAGUUCAAGUUAACUUGACUGAUAAAGGAAUGGAACCUAUUAUAGAUAGCCUCAACCAAGCAUCUCUAGUGAAACUCAAGUUAGAGGAUUCAGGGACUUCUUUCAGAAGUUCUAGAAAUACGAUGAUGUACUCUAAUUCUCCAUAUGCUUGUCCUAAGAGCAUUGCAUAUCUGAGUUCACAGUUAAAGAGCAAUAGGAAGAAGAUGACACCCAUAAAGAAGAGAGCCGUUGUGAGCAAUAUUAAGUUGUAGAAAUCUAAAAUAUUCAACCA